AUGUCUCCCAUCCUUGCCCGCCUCGCCGCCCGCAACGUCGCCUUCCGCGGUGUUCAGCAGCAACAGAGAACCUUCUCCGUCUACAAGUCCCUCCGGCAGUUCGCCCGCUCCUUCGAGCACGCCCCCUUUGAGCGUCUGCCCGUCUCGACCAACUCUGCCGCCGCCGACUGGGGGAGACAGAUCAAGAGGGUUGGAAAGCAGGGUGCUGUUUACUUCCCUGCCAUUGGCAUGAUCCUCGGGUGGCCAUACCUUGCGGCUUCGGGUCUUGAUGGUCGUGUUUAAAACAUACCUACCUACAACUCCCUAUCAAGAGGCACUCUCUUCGAUGAAACACACACACAUCCACCACGACACACAUGAAUAUUUGCUUUGUUUGGGUAUAACGGCGUUUUGGGAUACCAAUUGGGUUGGUUGGGGUUUUGCAUAAUGGAUGGGCUGGGAGGUUGGCUCAGUCGAAAGUAUAUUAUUGUACAACAGAACAGACAGGAUUUAGAGCGUUAUACCUACACUCUUAGGUUGGUGGCUGGUCUGGGGAGUAUAUACAAACACAAUCAAAAUGCAAUGAAACCUCCAGUAUGCAGA